UGUGAAAGAGCUUCCGGGUGAGUUGCAUUGUGCCGCCGUGCGCCGUCUUUACCGUGUGUAUCGUGUUUAUUCUGUUGUUUUAUACAAUGGACUGUCGGGUUCUCACAGCAGGAACACAAAGACCACAUCGCAGGAUUUAUACUACUAAUAAUUCUACUCAUUUUCUCUCAAAAUAUCAGAAUGUGCAGAUCCGUGAUCCGAAACCCGCUCUUAUGUUUAUAGAUAAACCCAUUUAUUAACUUAAAAUCCAGCGGACAAAAAAUAAGAAAUGCUUGUUUUAGACUUUCGGGACUUGUUGCUGGUUCCGUUAACUUUCCUCUAUGAGUGAUUCAUGAUAUUCGGAUUAAGUUAAUUACAGAAAGGGGAUUUCUGGGGAUGUUUCGGUUUCGUGGAAACAGAAACCGCCUCCAGUUUCAUGGAAAUCACGGGGAAUCCCGCGGGUUGUUUUUACUUUCGUUCCGCUUAAUAAUGUUUUAUUUGUUUAUCUUAAGCAAGAGGCGAACGCAUAAAAUGACAUUACACAAACAUGUUAUUGUAUCAGUAAAGUAUUAAAACUUCUAUUAAGCAUUCUGCUCUUUCCUUUUCUCGCUGUCUCGUCCUCACAAAGUAACGCGAGACUUCACUAAAAACACUAUAAACGCGACAUAAUGCUUUUACGCCGGGUUAAACUAGCGAAGCGGAAUACGGACAGAGGUCGCCGCACUGUGACCUUUGCGUGGUCACACGGCGGAGCGCGAGGACGCCGCGUCGCGUGCUUUUGGUUUCACUGCGUUGGCGGAGUUCAUAUAAAUGGAGCCGCGUUGGAACAUCUCACAUCGCCAUCAUGCUGCCACGUACCAGGACGCUGACCCUGCUGCUGUCACUGAGCGUGGCUCUCAGCGAGGCGCUGCUGGAGGUCCGGGUGCUGCUGGGGGACGACUGUGUUCUCCGGUGCCCCGCUGCGGACCGGCCCGGCGUGCAGUACUUAUCGGUGAAGUGGUUCAAGGAGGGAACGCCGCCGGCGUCCCGCCUCACCGGCGUCCUGACCCGCGACCUCGCCAACGGCACCGUGCGGCGAUACCUCGGCAUGCAGCGAGCGGCGGAGCUUCGCGGCGAGUCCCGCGACCUCCACCUGCCCAACGCCACGUGCGCCGACGCCGGCUACUACGUGUGUCACCUGUCGGCGCCGGUUGGCGAGCAGAACCGCGAGGGCCGGGUGCUCCUCACGCCGACAGAUUGUCCCGCAGAGGACCGGCUGACGGACACGUACCUGGUUGUCCUGGCGAUGUUGGGGCUGAUGUUUGCCCUGGUGAUUUUCCUCAUCAGCUACGUCAUUUUAAAGAACGUCCUCAGAGACAGAAACAGGACGCCGAAAAAAGUGACUUUUCGGGACGCGCCGCUCGGACCGCUGAACGAGGACGACCUCCGGUCCAUUUAUACGCUGGGUCCUAAAGGGUCCCACAAGGUCCUCAAAGGUCUUCAAGGGUCCUCAAGGGUGCUUGUGUGAGAGUGUGUGUGUGUGUGUGUGUGUGUGUGUGUGUGUGCUAAAGUAUUUAUGAAUUUGUUCUUUCUCAAACCCGUAAAAUGUGAAAGCUUAUCUUUGUAUCAGUGUAUUUGUAAACAUGUAUAUACAUACAUAUUUUUUUUACGUCAUUGACUGCUGACUCUUCGUUUUUUCUCUGAACGCCAAAACCCGCCGGCGUGAUUGAAAAUAGCGUUUUCUUUAAAACUACUUGUUCGUCCUCUUCAGGUUUCUACUUUACAAUUUAAUCAGAUCGUGAAAAAAGUUUUAAUCCUGAUCUACUCGACGUCAAGACUUUCGUUGUGGGACAAAUAAAAGAAUAUCUUAUUUUAUUGA